CAGUCGAGAUCAUCAGUUGAAUCCAAUCAACCAGUGCACUCAGUAUCCAAAACCGGAGAAACUCAUCCAUAAUCAAUAUGAAAUUCUUCUCAGUCGUCACUGUUUUCGUGCUCGGUCUGCUGGCUGUGGCCAACGCUGUUCCACUGUCGCCCGAUCCAGGCAAUGUGCUCAUCAACGACGACUACAUACGGUGCACUUUCCACCGUGGCAAGUAGGAUGUUUCUACACAAGGAUACGA